AUGGUGGCUAUUAUUUAUCUACAAUAUUCAUCACCUCCAAAUUUUAAAUUAAACGAACGAGCAGAAAAUGUUGAAAUUAAUGAAUUAAAUGGAGUUAAAUAUACAAAAUACGAACUUUCGAAUAUUUACAAACCAAAAAUAAGAUUCUCAUUUUGCAAUGAAGUAAGUGCUGAUGGAGCGCGUUUUUUUGUUAAAAUUAGAAAAAUUAAGAAGUUGAAGUAG